AUUUAUUCGAAUUUUCCACAAACAACCAAAUCAAAAUGAGCUCCGCUGAAUACUAUCCGUUCAAGUGCACACCCACUGUCUACCCGGCAGAUCCCUUCGAUCCCGUUGAGGAUGCGGCAAUCCUGCGCAAGGCCAUGAAGGGCUUCGGCACCGAUGAGAAGGCGAUCAUUGAAAUCCUGGCCCGUCGCGGCAUUGUGCAGCGUCUGGAGAUUGCGGAGGCUUUUAAGACCUCGUACGGCAAGGAUCUGAUUUCGGACCUCAAGUCGGAGCUGGGCGGCAAGUUCGAGGAUGUGAUUUUGGCUCUGAUGACACCGCUGCCACAGUUCUAUGCCCAGGAGUUGCACGACGCCAUCUCCGGAGUGGGUACCGAUGAGGAGGCCAUCAUUGAGAUCCUCUGCACCCUCUCCAACUAUGGCAUCAAGACCAUUGCCCAGUUCUACGAGCAGAGCUUUGGCAAGUCUCUGGAGUCGGACCUGAAGGGCGACACCAGUGGACACUUCAAGCGCCUCUGCGUGUCCCUCGUCCAAGGCAAUCGUGACGAGAACCAGGGCGUCGAUGAGGCUGCGGCCAUCGCCGAUGCUCAGGCUCUGCACGACGCCGGCGAGGGACAGUGGGGCACUGAUGAGUCCACCUUCAACUCGAUCCUCAUCACCCGCUCAUACCAGCAGCUGCGUCAGAUCUUCCUCGAAUACGAGAACCUGUCCGGCAACGACAUCGAGAAGGCCAUCAAGAAGGAAUUCAGUGGCUCUGUGGAGAAGGGAUUCCUUGCCAUUGUCAAGUGCUGCAAGUCCAAGAUCGAUUACUUCUCGGAGCGUCUGCACGAUUCCAUGGCUGGCAUGGGCACCAAGGACAAGACGCUAAUCCGCAUCGUUGUCAGUCGCUCGGAGAUCGAUCUGGGUGACAUCAAGGAGGCAUUCCAGAACAAGUACGGCAAGAGCCUGGAGUCGUGGAUCAAGGGCGACACAUCUGGCGAUUAUAAGCGCGCCCUAUUGGCCAUUGUUGGAUUCUAGAAAAGAAACCCCCAACCAAAAAUCAAGAAUCAGCUCCAACAAUACCUUUUCACUGUCGUCUGUUCCAAGCCUUAAGCUAUCUAUCACAUACACUUAAUAGAAUGUACAAAAAGAGAGAGUUCAGAUAUCGAAUAGUUAAACACUUUCGUGUAGAUUUUAUACUGGAACAAGAUUUUCAAGAAGACGAGCAAUGUACAGUGCAUUUAAGGCCCACAGAAUUAGAUUCAGUUCUACAAAUCAGUUCUACCGUCUCUCGCAUCAUGUUAAUUAUUAUAACUAUGCACGAAACAUGCACAUAAUUUUAUCCUUAUACAUAUAUAUAUAACAUUUGACUAUGUUUUAGCUUAUGCUAUGGUUUUGUUUUGUUUUUCGAGUCUCAUUUGCUAUUUAAAUCGUUAAAAAACGCAACAAAAUAAAAAAAAUAAAAACGAUGAAAAAAUAUAAAA